AGCUAUUUCGAGCACGAGCAGCCCGACGCCAGGCCGAGUCUCGAGCGUCCCCUCUGGCGGCCCAAAGCCUCCCCACCAUGGGCAGCUCCCCCCUCGUCCUGGCCCUGGGCCUGCUGCCCGCCCUUGCGAGCGGCCAUGCGUUCCUCACUAAGCCGGAGAUGCGCGGCGGGGCCUACGAGAACGUGGGGAACGGCUACUGCCCGCAGUGCUUGGGGUCCACCGACCUUCCGAUGGCGACCUGCGGGAACGCCCACUUCCUGGACGCGGUCGGCCCGGUAACCGAGCUGCGGGCGGGGGAGCUGGCCGAAUUCGUGAUCACCGUCACCGCCCACCACAAGGGGCACUUCGUCUUCCGGCUCUGCGGCCAGCGCCUGGACAGCCAGGCCGGUGACUACCAGGCGCAGGAGGAGUGCCUGAAUGAGCACGUCCUGAGCCGGGCCAGGCCAGAGGAGGUCCACGUGGACUGCCAGAAAGACGACCCACGAGGCGAUUGUCAGCCCUACGACGAGGCAAACCCUGGGCACUGGUACCUUCCGCCCCACAACGGGUCGCACCUCACUCGCACGCAGCACCGCUUCCACUACUGGAUCCCCGCCGACCUCACGUGCGAGAGCUGCACUCUGCAGUGGUGGUGGAUGAGCGCGAACAGUUGCACGCCGCACCCAGACGCCUACAGGUGUUACUUCAAGGAGAUGGAGCGGCAGGGGUGGGACGCACGCGCGUGGUGCGAUGGCGUGGUGUGCUCCUACCAGGGCGAGUGCCCAGCGGAGCAGGGCGGUUCCGUGCUCUGCGGCGAGCAGUUCAAGAAUUGCGCGGACGUCCGGGUGGUGGAGGGCGGCGGGGCGUCCGCAGGCCCAACGCCCGCGCCGUCGCCCACGGAGCCUCCAGAGACUCCGGAGCCGGAGCCCGCGCCGGAGCCCGAGGGGAGCAAGCAGCUGGUCGCGUUCGUGGAGAACUGGCUGCCGUGCCCAAGCCUGGACAAGGUUCGGGGGUACGACAAGGUGAUCGUGUCCUUCGCGGUCAGCUACACGUGGAACCCCACGAAGAAUCAGUGCGACCAGAGCUGCACCAUCGGGAUGCCCGCCACGUGCGACAACCAGGCCAAGCCAGACCUGAUCGAGGCGUGGCGGCAGGCGGGCACCAAGGUCUUGCUCUCCUUCGGCGGCGCGGGCAUGGGCGGGAGCUGGGCCGGCGACGUGAACGAUUGUUGGGAAUACUGCUUCGGGAGGGUGGACAGCGUGGUGAGCCGCCUGGUGGAGAUCGUGGACAGCCAGGGCUUCGACGGCGUGGAUAUCCGGCUGCCUGAGUACGACCACUCGGACACGUCCAGAGGUCGCCUCCAGCGUCGACUACCUCUUGCCUCAGUAUUACAACGGCCCGUUCAGGCCCGCGAUCGACACCCAGCCCGCCAUAGAGCACAUGGGACACCUCGUGGACGGCAUCUUCGGCGGCGACGCCAGCAAAGUGGUGUUUGGCUUCUGCAUCUCCGACUGCUCUGGGACCGGCAGCAAUGUGAACGGCGCCCAGGCCGCCUCCAUCCUCCAGGACGUCGCCGCGGCCUUCCCUGGGCACGGCGGGGCCUUCCUGUGGGCCGCCUCCGACGACGCUGGCUGGUCCGAGCCGGUGAGGCGGGCGCUUGCCUCCGCGCCCAGCGUGACGCCGUCGCCCGCGCCUUCGGUGCCGACGCCGGCGCCCACGGAGGCGCCCACGACGCCGUCGCCCACGCUGGCGGCGCCGACGCCGGCGCCCACGGAGGCGCCGGCGACGCCGUCGCCCACGCUGGCGGUGCCGACGCCGACGUCCACGGAGGCGCCCGCGACCCCGUCGCCCACGCCGGCGGCGCCGACGCCGACGCCAGCGCCAACGGAGUCGCCCGCGACCUCCCCCACCGCUUCCGGCGGGGAGCCCAGCGUCUGCGAGGCGGCUGUGGCCCACCACGGCAAGGCCUGGGACUUCGCUGGGCCCUGUACCGCGUGCCUGGCUGGGAACAGCGUCUGCUACGACGACCCUGAGCAUAACUCUCAGAGCCUCUGCUUGCAGUGGCCCGAGAACGUGUGGUGCGGAGAGGCGCUGCUCGUGGAGUCUCGCCGCGGCAGGCGUCGGCCGCACGCCUUCCUGGGCACGGCGCUGCUCCAGACCGUGUGCCCUCUGUCGCGCGCUUCUCCUGGCGAUGUGCUCGGGGCUUGAGCCCGGCUUCUUUUGCCCGAUAGGGGGUGCCGAAGAGCUCCUCUCCGAAACGUCGCUCGAUGGUUGCCGCCCACCAGUGCCGGCGCGACGUCGCGACGCACCCGUCGUCGCUCUCUGCCUGUAGCGUCUUGGCGGCGUUCGAGACAGGAUCCAGAAAAA